GUCAGAAGUGAAGCUCUCACCCGCGGGCCCAUAAUCACGUUCUCCGGCCCCCCAUCACCACAUGUUCUCCCGCUUAUCUUUGUGCCCGUUGUUCCUGCUUUUAUUUCAAAUCCCUUCUCCCAAGUUCUAUUGUGUCUCUCAAACCUUUCAAAACAGACAACUUACUACGCAGAAUAUAGAAGAAAUGUCUUCUGCUCAGAGCGAUAAUGUUCUUCAUGCCAUUGCUGGCGCUGGCGGUGGAGUUCUGUCCAUGGUUUUGACUUACCCAUUAAUCACGCUCUCGACCCGCUCACAAGUUGAGUCUAAACGCGCACACUCUACCGUCCUAGACGCUACCCGUCGCAUUAUCCAACGCGAGGGAAUUUCAGGUCUAUACGCUGGUCUUGAUAGUGCCGUUUUUGGGAUCAGUGUUACGAACUUUGUCUACUAUUACUGGUACGAAUGGAGUAGGACCGCCUUCGAAAAAGCUGCUCUCAAGGCCGGAAGGUCUAGAGCUAAGCUCACGACUUUGGAGUCGAUGGCUGCUGGAGCGCUUGCGGGUUCCGCAACGGUCUUGAUCACAAACCCCAUCUGGGUAGUGAAUACCCGUAUGACUGCUCGUAAGCGCGCCGCCGCCCCGUCCUCCUCACCCCACCGCCCCCUCCACUAUCUCCACUAUCCGAGGGGUUGGUCAGUUCUUUGCGGGGGUAAUUCCCGCCAAUUGAAGAAUAUGCUCGAGAGACGUAAGAAGCGAUCUGUUACACCUCAGGAUGCUUUCUUCUUGGGCGCGUUGGGGAAAUUGGUUGCUACCGCCUUGACCUACCCUUACAUCACCGUUAAGUCUAGAAUGCAUGUGGCAGAUAAGGGCGAGAAGAAGCACUCCGUGUUUGAGUCGCUUCGAAAUAUCGUCAACGAGGAGGGUUGGACCGGUCUUUACGGUGGUAUUGGGCCGAAGCUCGUCCAGAGUGUUCUCACCGCGGCGUUCCUGUUCGCGUUCAAGGAUGCACUUUACGCAUUCACCGCCACCACCCUUGCCAAUAGGAGGGCUGCUGCUAAGCUCAAGGCUGCUUAAGGGAGGGGACUUAGAAUGAUACCAAUACCAAUACUUUUUCUUUUUCCUCCUUCUUUCCGUAGACGAGUGAGAGUGUGUGAUCACAUCACAGGGGCCGAAUACGAAUUGGGGCAUGCGCGGCGUCUGUAUCGUACGUUGAGGAGCUGGGGUGUCACAACGUGCCAUUCCAAGGGACUUCCUCCUCCUCUUUGUCGCUGUAUAAAUUAUCUCCUUUAUGUUGUACUUGUAUGUUGAAAUACGGUAGAACCAACUCAACUCGUGCGUCCCGCUGAUCCUGAUCUUCGUGAACCCUGAAAAGAGUGCAUGGGAGGGCUAGGGUUAGUAAGUACUGUGCUCGAGUACUGUACAGGUGCCUUAUUACCGGUAUUAUGAUAGUAUUAUGAUACUAUCGUACCGGUACCUUUAUUACCCCGCUCACAAUUACCACAAUCCAAUCCCGA